GUCAUGUUAUCCUCCAUGAGUUCACUGUCUGAGGAGACUCAGUGCUCUCUAUGUCUGGAUGUGUUCACUGAUCCAGUCUCGACUCCAUGUGGACACAACUUCUGCAAGAUCUGUCUGAAUAAGUGCUGGGACAACAGCCAGACUUGCAGCUGUCCAUACUGUAAAGAAACAUUCAAGCAAAGACCUGAUCUCAAGAUUAAUACCACACUCCGAGAGCUCGUAGAUCACUGUAAGAAGAAAAGUCUUGAGAAAACAACUGAAGUUCUGUGUGACUUCUGUGAGGAAAGAAAGCUGAAAGCGCUGAAGUCGUGUCUGGUGUGUCAGAGCUCUUACUGUGAAACUCACCUGGAGCCUCAUUUGAGAGUGACACGUUUGAAGAAACACAAACUGAUGGAUCCUGUGAGUAAUCUGGAGGACUAUAUAUGUCAGAAACACGAGAGACCUCUGGAUCUGUUCUGUAGAGAUGAUCAGACAUGUGUGUGUUCAAUCUGCUCUGUGAAAGACCACAAGAACCACAACACUGUUCCUAUAGAAGAGGAGAGUCAAGAGAAGAAGACUGAACUGAUGAAGACACAGAAAGACGUGCAGCUGAUGAUCCAGAACAGAAUCAAGAAGAUUCAAGACAUCAAACACUCAGCAGAAGUCAGAAAAAUAAACACAGAGAAGGAGAAAGCAGUCCGUGUGGAGCUCUUCACUGAUCUCAUCCGCUCCAUUGAGAGACAUCAGACUGAACUGCUGGAGAUGAUGGAGGAGCAGCAGAAAGCAGCAGAGAAACAGGAGCAAGAGCUGAUUGAAGAGCUGGAGCAGGAGAUCACUGAGCUAAAGAUGAGAAACACUGAGCUGGAGCAGCUCUCACACACUGAAGAUCACCUCCACCUCCUACAGAUUCACUCAUCCCUGUGCAGCUCUACAAACACCAGGAACUGGCCUGAGAUCAGUAUGAAGACUCAUGAGAGUCUGGAGACUCUGAGGAGAGCUCUGACUCAACUGAAGGACACUAUAGAUGAGAAACUCACACUAACUGUCUCUACAGAGCUGAAGUGGAUGCAGCAGUAUGCAGUGGAUGUGACUCUGGAUCCUGAUACAGCUCAUCCUAAACUCAUUCCUGUCUGA